AUGGGUGAUGAAAAUUCUGGGUAUUACAAUGAUAACACCAUUCAUGUACUCAAUAUUCCAGACAAUAACAAUUCAUCUCUGACACUCUCAGUUUCAUAUAAAUGGACACCUCUCAUCCCAGCUUUGAUGCCAUCCUCUAUCUUGUCAAAUGUCACAAAAUGUGGUGUGAAAGAAUCUGCCGUGUUACAGCAACAACAACCAUUAGUGGAAUAUUUUCGCUGUGAAACGAUCACACGAUCCGCAUCCAACACAACCAUUGUCGUGACUCCAAAGAAUUCUGCAAAUUUUACAGAAGGAGUUUAUUUGAUUCAGUUGGAACCGACUCCUGCCAUGCAAUUAUUAACUGGAAUUAGCGGAAUUAUAGCUCAGUUUGAAAUCAUUGUCUACUCUUCGGAUGGAUUAAGUGAAAUUUUACAAAAACCCAUUCCCAUGUUAAAACCUCCAAAUUCAGAAUUAUUUGUGAAUAUUUCAAUUCCACCCAUUUCUGUCAUUGAUCCUUCGUCUCCUCCUUCAUUGGAUACACUCACUGGUCAACCAUUCAUUCCCAUGGGUUUGACUAAUUUUGCAUUGACUGCUCGAUUGGGUGGAUGGAAUAUUCCAAAAGGAGUCACCUUGAGAUACAAUUGGUCAUUUCUACGAAUUGUUUCCAAUUCAUUGGGAGCUCUAGAUUUGAUGUCUCGAAGAAAUUCGAGUCGUCCUUCGAAUUUUUAUAACACAUUGCAACCAUUGACUCAAGAAAAUUCACUUGGAUUUUCGAGUAUUGUUUUAUCUCAAGAUAAGGAUAUGGAGUUGGAUGCUCUGUAUAAAGUGAGUUGUUUUGUCACAGAUUUGAAAAAUCGAAUCAUUGCCAAAAGUUCGAUUUAUUUGAGAACUCCACGAGAUUUUAAUUUGCAAUUUCCAACAUUGCCUCCAAUGAGUGUGUUUCCACAGAUUGCAACAUUUACACAACUUUUCAAAUUUUCUGGACAAAAUGUCGUUUAUACAGACUCUGUGAUUCCAAAUAGUAAUGUUUUAUAUGCGUAUGGAUAUUUAGAUCCAUUGAUUGUGAGUUCACUUUCUUUGAGUGAUUUAAGAGAUAAAUUUUCAGACAUUCCCAUGUCACAAUUAAUGACAGCUGCCAUCCGAGUGACUGAUUUCUCCACAAAUUCUGUUCAAUAUGCCUAUUUACCACCAAGCUUUAGACAAAUUCCAGGUCAAAUGGCUCCAACUAAUUCUUCAGAUUUCAACUCGAUUAGUUAUUCCUACAAACAUCAACUGGUCAUGUUUGUGAAAGAUGUCAAUCAAUCAUUUACAAAAAUUUUUCUAUUACAGGAUGCUGUUUGUGUAAUUCCAACAAAUCUUAAUUCAGUAUUGACAUUUAUCGAACAGAAAAGUGCAUCCUUCUCUCCCAUGCAACUCAAAGGAAUUAUGGGAAUGACUCAAAGAAUGUAUCAAUUUGGAGAUAUUCAAUUGGUGGAUCAAAUUCAAAGAGCUCUCUUUAAUCGAAUUCAAUCCAUGAUUUCAAACAUGACCGUGCAAGAUACUGGGAAAAUGUUAGAUAUUUCUCGAAUUAUUGAAAUGUGGUCCUACAAUGCAACAAAUUCUGUAAGAUUAAUGGCAGCUGACAGUGCCAAUACGAUUUUAUCGACAUUUUCAAAAUUUUUCUCCUUAUUGCGAACAGAUGCUUCCAAUAAUCGAGUGACAGGAAAUAAUGUCAAUGUCAUGCCUAUCGGUAUGAGAGAUUCAUCAAUUUUCUCAAGUUUGGCCUCUACUCUCUCCAACAUGAUUCCACUUUCUGAAAUGAAAUCUCAAACUCCAUCAUUGGUCAAACUCUUUGCUUCAACCAUUGUGGAUUCCUUGUCACCCAGUGAAGAAAAACGUCUCAGCACUUCUUCUCUCUAUUUCACCAUUCGAAAGGACUUUGCUGCCAAUUUUAAUGGAACUUUUAUGGAUUCGGAUGAUUCCAAUGGAGUGCUCAUGCCUUCGACUGUGAUUUUCAAUGACACGGCAGGAUUGUAUGGAGCUGAAUUAGUGACCUAUCUUGAAAAUCCAAAUCCCUCCACCACCAACAAUGGAACUUCAAAAAUUCAAAGUUCAGUCGUUUCAUUGAGAUGUAUCAAUUCGGAUGGUAAUUAUUUCCCUUUGAGUGGAUUGAGCGAUCCUUUAGUGUUAACUUUUAAUGUUUCUGCAACCGAGUUGGAAAAACCCAAUGCUACCGUCUCUUGUAAAUAUUGGAAUGAAACUGUGAAUGAUUGGAAAGAUGAUGGAUGCCAUUUGACAAGCCAGGUAAAAAUGUCAAAUUAUUACAUUAUUUCAUGUGUCUGUAAUCACACCACACAAUUUGCAACCUUUGUAGAAUUUAGUUCAAAUUCAUUUAUCAAUUACACGACAGAACAAAAAACUGCAUAUUACAUUUUGUGGGCAUUUGACGUUGGAAUUGGAUUACUGUUUGUCAUUGUGAGUGCCACCAUUUUGAUUCUAAUCAUCAUUUUCAGAAAUUCACAACCAGUGAAAGCAAAAUAUAUUGCACCUUUUGUGGGAAUGAUUUCAAUUUUGUUGGAAUCUUUCCUGAGCUAUAUGGUGAAAGCAAGUAUCAUGAUUGGAUUAGUUUCAAGUGGAUCAAACACUCCAUUUGCAUUGAAUACCAUCACUUAUAUUUCAUCCAUUAUUGUGAGCGUUGCAUUUUGUGUGACUGUUUUGACAUUUGUCAUUCAAGUGAUUCGUUAUCAACUCUUGAGAAGAAUGUAUUCAUUCAUGUCUGAUGAAAAUAUGAAUGACAAACAUGUGGAUAAGAGAAUUUCUUUCUAUCGAUUGCUCUCCUCCAAGAAAUUGUAUUUCACAAGUCUUAUUGUAAUUUCCAUUCUGAUCUUUGUGAUAUUUGCAGGCCUCUCCAUUGGUAGAGUUGGACAAGAACUUGCUCAAUCCGACUCCUCGAAACAAUCAUUCACUUCAGUUACUUUCACCAUUGUGACAAGUAGUGUCAUGGGUUUCAUUUUGGUGGUGUCACUUGUCAGUGUGACCAUUAUUUUCACGUGCGAUUUAUUGUACUGUUUGAUUUAUGAAUAUCGAGCCAAACCAAUUGUUGACACUUCGAUUCAAGUGCCAUCUUACAAUGCCUCUACUCAAUCCACCAUUGAAUUGAGUGACACUUCGACAUCCAAAAUGGAAGGUGAUUCAAAUCCCAAAAAGAAGAAAUUACUCGAAGAUUUUUACAUCAAAAAAACCAAAGAUCUCACUCUCUCAUCCAUGUAUCGAUUUUUCAUUCAGGAAGAUCCUCUCUUCUUCAGAGCUGAAAGCUUACUUUUUAUUUUGUGUUUGGGAGUUCUAUUGGCGUCCUAUGUUUUUGGUAUUGUGAGUUUGGGAUUUUUCAUUUCGACCAAUACUUCACUCGAUACUUCUAAUUCUGCAUUUAGCAAUUCACUCAUUAUGGAUAUUGUGAGAUUAAUUCUCUCGGUAGUAUAUUUUGUACUCUAUGUGUUGGUGUUUGGUGAUUUAUCACUUCUCGUUUAUAUUUUCAAAUAUAGAAGGAAUGCAUGGAAUGUUAGUCAUAAUGAAAGAUUCUACGAUCAAUCCGUAGAAUCUCUCGAAUCUGGAGCUUGUCAAAACGAAUUGUUUGAAAUUUUACAAGAUCAAUUGGCGUUGCGAUUAUUUGAAAAAUUCACAGUGAAAGAAUUUUCAAAGGAAAAUCUCAUUUGUUAUCAUCAAUUAAUGGAAUUGUACACAAUUCACAAAUUGAGAGAAUUAGAAUGUGCAAAACAAGUGAAAUUAUUGGAGAAUUUUAUUGGAAAAUUUUUAACUGCUUCCUCUGCCUAUGAAGUGAAUAUUCCAUCUCACACACGCACUUCAUUAUUGAAAACGGUGAAUGAAAAGCAAUCGGUGGAUAGUCAACAAAUUUUGAAAUCUUUGGAUUCGUUGAAGGGUGACUUGAUUCAAAACUUGUCAGAUACCUUUUCGAGAUUUAUCACAACUCAAUCGUAUCAAUUUUGGGUGAAAAUUAAGCAAGAGAAGCAACAAUUAAUGAAUGCCAAUAAAUUGAAUUAA